CACUGGCUUCCUUCUCGUUUUCCUUAUCUCCGGGAGGCAGCCAUUUCCUUUCAAUAAGCUGCCUGAGACAACCGCAAGUUUGCCGACAUAAACAACUUUCAAUUUAAUUCAUAAUAUUACGUCAGAAGAAGUGCUAGAGAUGGCAUCCCUUCCUCGAAGAAUUAUCAAGGAAACUCAACGUCUUCUCCAGGAGCCCGUUCCGGGCAUUUCGGCUGUUCCCGAUGAAAACAACGCGAGAUAUUUCCACGUAAUCGUGACUGGGCCCGAAGGUUCCCCGUUUGAAGGUGGUUUAUUCAAAUUGGAGCUUUUUUUACCGGAAGAUUAUCCUAUGUCUGCCCCUAAAGUGCGUUUUAUUACCAAGAUUUACCACCCUAAUAUCGACCGUUUGGGAAGAAUUUGCCUGGAUAUCCUAAAGGACAAGUGGAGCCCGGCCCUCCAAAUUCGCACAGUACUGCUCUCUAUACAAGCUCUGCUCAGUGCUCCAAAUCCUGAUGAUCCUCUUGCAAACGAUGUAGCCGAGCUGUGGCGCGUUAACGAAGCAGAAGCCAUACGCAAUGCCAAGGAGUGGACGAGGAAAUAUGCCAUGGAAGACUAAUACGUCCAAUUCUACGUUAGCCUCUACUCUGUUACUUCAAGCAUAAACUGUUGUUUUAUUUUUCUUUAUUUUCUUUGGAGGAGGCUUGCGUGUGUUUGUGUGAUUGAAUGAGUGUGUGAAUGUGUGAGUGUUAGUUUCAUUUAUAUUACUGUUAAGCUGAGUCAUAUGUAUCCUUGUAUUUGGGCGGAUCGACAUUUCUCAUCGCUCAUUGAUAGUUUUAAACAACUAUGUUAAUGGUACUUUGGAACAAGCAAACUUGUGAUUUAAAAGUAAUGUUUCGAUCGAACUUGUUAAUAUUAUCUUUCAAUUUAAGUAGCAGACUGACAUUGCUUGUUAUCGAGUAGAUUGCAGAAUCCCUUAUUGUACUAUUUCAUCUUGUUUAUUUAACUUCAACUGUAAAAUAUGUGUUUGGUUUAGAAUUUCCUGGUUGUCAAAUGUCUCUAUGCACUGUUAGAUUAGGUCCUUAUUAAG